GCCUGCAGAGGGCAAUACAGCUUUAGCAUUUCUGUAGCACUGCCGGCCAUUUUCAGUCCUGUAUGGAUUUUUAAGGGGGAAUUUCUUGUAAUAAGUUAUCUAUUUUAAUCUUAAAGGUCCUUGGUAGGUAUCAUAUUUAACGUUGAAUAACGUUUAUAAAAUCAUGGUACACUCGACGUUAACUAAGAUGUAACGUUGGUGUGUAACUUCUUCAAACGCUAAUAACUCGAGACCUAUGUAAGAUAGAGAAUAUAAACCUGUAUGUAAAUUAAAGAGUAAAGUGCUUUUUCUACAUAAUGUUUACUUUAUUCUAUAAUGCAUAUUUAACACAUUUUUGAAAUAAGUACCCAAAACUUGUAAUAACUAUUCCCUCGUUCCUUCAACCGCUUGCCACGUCUAAAGCGGAGGAGUUAGAUCUGGACAGAUUGCGAGAGAAAUACGUAAAUAAGCACGAGCUUUUGAAAUUUGCAAACAGAUUUCUGCUAACUCUUACUGUUUAGGAGUUUUGGCCAUUUAUUUGGUAACAAAGAACGGUUCUAGAGUGAGUGUGUUGAAUACAUGACCACACUAUGUUCAGCAAAGGUCCUUCAGUUCAAUUUACAGUGAAGCCCAGAUUAUCAAUAUACAGAUAGUGAUAAAUGGAACAUGUAAUUGAACUUCUUAUAAGACUAUUCAUUUAUAAAUUUGAUAAUAUCUGGCGUGAAUGGGUGUCGGCUGUCGGAGAAGAAGGUAGAAGAUCCUUGAACUUAUCGCCAUUGAACGAAGUUGAAGUCUUAUAUAGAAGUCGGAACUUUUUGGUGAUAAAUAAAAGGCAUGAUAUUGUAAUAAACAGUGAUGAUCCAACAGUUAAGGUAUCAUUGCAGUUACAGCUUCGAGAGUUGUUUCCAGAUUUGGUAAAUCCAAACUUACAACAUGACUUCUAUUUUGUGCACAGACUAGAUUAUGCAACUAGUGGUAUAAUUUGCAUAGCAUUACACAAGAAAGCAUGUUCUGCAGCUACAGUUGCUUUUAGUGAAAGGAAAACAAAGAAAUACUACUUGGCACUGUUACGUGGUCAUGUAGCUUGUGAAAUUAUGGACAUAUAUAAACCAAUUGGAGAAGACAGUGAACAGAAAAGUGGUAAUCACCGCAUGUGUACUGCAUCAGAUCCACAUUGCAUAUCUCCCAGAUCUGCACAUACACGGAUGUUGGUGCUGCAGCUUGGAUUUUAUGAUCAGUACCCAGCAACGAAAGUAUUACUUAGGCCAGUCACUGGCAGAAGGCAUCAGCUUCGAGUCCAUUGUGCAGACAUUGGUCACACAAUUGUUGGCGACUAUACUUACAGUAAUCGACAGGAUGUGCUUCCUCACAGAAUGUUUCUACAUGCUUUCAGGUUGAUCCUUGUGAACACUGUGGAGCCAUUGACUUUGCAAACGGUGGAUCCAUUUUCCAGUGACAUUGCUGCCAACAAAUGGACUCCUGUGGAAACCCUGAAUAGUACUGACAGUUCAUCAUUCUCGAAACUUGAUAUAGAAGGGGACUCCUGAUAUUAAGGAUAGAAUUGUCCUGCUUGGUCUGUUGCUGUUUGUGUUCCAAAGCUGUGAGUUAGGAGAGCAUAUUUUUGUUAUUUAUGUAUUUUAUACAUCAACAUUUUCCUUGUAGAUGUUGGUGCUGAAGGAUUAACAAGCAUACAGUUGGUGUGAUGCAUUUUAGAAUUUUUAAAGACUUGAAAUUGUACCAUGUUUCUAGGAUUUAAUUCACUGCGGCAUAGCAGACCAAUGCUCAGGAGGAAGCCCUUGGUAUGAUCAGUAUUGAUUAUGUCAGAAGCCACUCUGAAAGCUGGCCAUACCUGCUUUGAUGUUAGAAGAUAAAUUAAAAAGUUAGGAUAAUAAAGUGAUAACUUUCAAUCAAUUUUUAAAUGUUUCCAGCACCUACUGCAUCAGUGUACUGUUGUAUCACUGAAGCUAACUACUGGUGUUCCCUUUGAACAGCAUGUUUUGAUUGUGUUAAGUUUACAUCUGUGCUGCCUCACUAUACUUUACAGUUUGAAAUAUAAAAUGAAAAAGCAAUGUAUUUUCAUUGGAUGAACUGUAUUAUUUCCUCUGGAAAUGUGUUAGACUUUGUUGUAUAUCAGUGAUAUUUCAGUGUGGGGUGAAGAUUCUUAAGACCUUAUGAUAUAAUAGUAACCUUAUGACAUAUGUAGUUAAUGUGACUAUCACAUAUAUUCCCAGUAGUGCAAGAUUCCAAAUAGACACAACUACAAGAUUUAAUACUCAUGAAGGGAGAACAAAAGAAUGGCUGUUGUUUUGAUUCUCUGUAUUCCUCUGAACUUGAAUAUGAAGGUAAGUCGAAAAGCAGUGACAUUUAUGAAAGUAUGACAGUUCAGUAUGGCAAUCAGUAUGUAAGCCAAAGGAAAGCACAUGAAACUAUUUAAAGGAGGGCAUAGAAAUGUUAAUGUAUGUUCUGGGUGGUCAUUAACUAUAAAGGGUUAGAUUAAUGGGCCUAUUUGGGACAAGCAAAGAACACUGAUGAAACUGCAUCUGAAUUGAGUCAGGAAAUUUUGGAACUGUAAGUUUCUGCAUUGGAAAAUGGGGCAUGUAGAAAAAUAAGAUAUAUUUCAAACUUUGUAAUAAAAUGCCUCUAAAUUU